AUGGGGAAGAUGUUGGGAGGAGAGGAGGAGAAGGACCCAGACGCCGCCAAGAAGGAGGAGGAGCGGCAGGAGGCGCUGAGGCAGCAGGAGGAGGAGCGGAAGGCCAAGUACGCUCGCAUGGAGGCGGAGAGGGAGAACCUGCGCCAAGGCAUCCGCGACAAGUACGGCAUCAAGAAGAAGGAGGAGAAGGAGGCGGAGGCGGCGGCGGCCAUGGAGCAGGCCUCCGAGGGCAGCCUGACACGCCCCAAGAAGGCGGUGCCAGCCGGGUGUGGAGACGAAGAGGAGGAAGAGGAGAGCAUCGUGGACACCGUCAUGAAGUUCAUCCCCACUCCCCUCAUGGACAUGUUCAGUAAAAAGUAA